AUGCCACGUAGCUUUUCUUCAAUGACCAUAGUACCCUUCCUUACGCCGCUAGCACUACCCCUAAAAACUGCAAUAUUUUCUUAACUGAAAGCAUCCAACUAUCUAAACACACAUUUUCGCAGGUAUCGGGCCAAAUUUCCACAUAAAUUCGCAUAAACUUCAACCAUCCAACAACUAAUUUGGUAAAUAUUACUACAUAACUUAAAUACCCAACAUGGCAUUUCCGUAAAUUAUCAACAAACCAAGGGCUAAUCACUAGUCACACCCUUUACAAAUAUCUCCAACCUCUCCACAGUUCCACUCAAACAACACUAGUCAAGUACAAUAGACACGUAAUCAAAACCAUGCAGAUACGAACCUGCCACUCCAUCACCACCCAAACCCUUCCACAACUUCCGUGUUCUUCUAGAAAAGCCCACCACCGCCACCUUCUUCCGCCGUUAAACGCUGCGGUUUCCGCGGCGCCGUUCAAAGCCCGGAAGGCCCACUCAAUGCCUCCAGAAAAGAAAGAAAUUUUCAAGUCCUUGGAGGGAUGGGCCUCGGAGUGGGUCCUACCGCUGCUGAAGCCCGUGGAGCAAUGCUGGCAGCCACAAAACUUCCUCCCUGACCCCUCCCUUCCGCAUGAAGAGUUCAGCCAUCAGGUGAAGGAGCUUCGCGAACGCACUAAAGAGUUACCUGAUGAGUACUUUGUGGUGCUGGUGGGUGAUAUGGUCACCGAGGACGCGCUUCCCACUUACCAGACCAUGAUCAACAACCUUGAUGGAGUGAAAGAUGACAGCGGCACGAGCCCGAGCCCGUGGGCCGUGUGGACCCGGGCCUGGACCGCCGAGGAAAACAGACACGGGGAUCUGCUCAGAACUUAUUUGUAUCUCUCUGGGAGGGUUGACAUGGCUAAGGUCGAAAAGACCGUACAUUACCUCAUUUCAGCUGGCAUGGACCCUGGGACAGACAACAACCCAUAUUUGGGGUUUGUGUACACGUCAUUCCAAGAGCGAGCAACAUUUGUGGCGCACGGGAACACGGCUCGGCUCGCGAAGGAGGGCGGGGAUCCAGUGCUGGCGCGCCUAUGCGGGACCAUCGCAGCGGACGAGAAGCGGCACGAGAACGCGUACUCAAGAAUCGUGGAGAAGCUUCUGGAAGUGGACCCCACCGGGGCAAUGGUGGCCAUAGGGAACAUGAUGGAGAAGAAGAUCACGAUGCCGGCGCACCUUAUGUACGAUGGGGAUGACCCCAGGCUAUUCGAGCACUACUCCGCUGUGGCGCAGCGCAUAGGCGUGUACACCGCCAACGACUACGCAGACAUCUUGGAGUUUCUCGUUGAACGGUGGAGAUUGGAGAAGCUUGAAGGAUUGAUGGCUGAGGGGAAGCGGGCGCAGGAUUUCGUGUGUGGGUUGGCGCCGAGGAUUAGGAGGUUGCAAGAGCGCGCUGAUGAGCGAGCGCGUAAGAUGAAGAAGCAUCAUGGCGUUAAGUUCAGUUGGAUUUUCAAUAAAGAAUUGCUUUUGUGAAAUUUCAGUUAAGACUUAAGAGAUAAGAGAUAGAGGUCAACGUGAGUCAACAGGUUUUUGGCUUUGUGACUAUUUUGAGUUUUUGUUUGUAGGUGGCAUUUUGAGUACGAAUAAUGAACAAUUUAACAUGGAUUGCGUGUAAUGGACAUUGUUGGAUCCAUGGUUGUUGUUCUGGUGGAUACAAAACCAGUAGGACUUUUUUGUUGUAACGUUUGGCUUGCAUAUUAGCUUAGCUUGUUAGUGUUUCUCUUUAUUUAAAAUAUCAUAUUUUGUAAUAAAAUCUCUGUAUUAGGUAAUGAUAUGAUAUACUAAUAGCAUGUUUUGGUUUUGACAA